CCCCUUCAACCAGCCUUGUGUAUGUAACCCCACACGGCCACUAAUCUCUCUCUCUCUCUCUCUCAAAGGCAAAGCAUUGCCAUUGCACCAGCAAAAGGGGCUGACGCGUAGCACCAGUGCCGCAGAUAGAGAGAGAGAGAGAGAGAUAGGUGAGGAGGCCUGGACGCCAUUGAUGUCGUAGCAGAGAGGUCAAGCCAGUCUACUCUACUCUAAGCCACAAGAAACCAAGAGAGGCCGAGGAGAGCGAGCAUGGAGCCUGCAAGACGGAGAGGAGCGGCAGCCCUGCCGCUGGCGCUCCUCGGCGCUCUGCUGCUUGCAUUGGCUGCCGGUGCGACCGCGUGGUCUCACGACGGCGCCGUCGGCCUCGGCGCCACAGGUGCAGGCUUUGCCGGCGCCGGCGCCGGCAGAGCUGCCGGCGGCGAGCGGCGGUACAGGGAUCUCGCGCAGCGGAGGAUGGAAAGCGUCAGAUCUUCCUUCGGGGCGAGGAGGGAUUUGGCAACGGCGUCGGCGAGCGCGCGGGUGUACCACGUGACGGACUACGGGGCGGACCCCACGGGCGCCACCGACGCGACGGCGGCGAUCAACCGGGCCAUCGCCGACGCGUUCCGCCCGGCGUCCAACGCCACCAUGACCGGCGGCAUCCCGGACCUCGGCGGCGCGGAGGUGCACCUCGACGGCGGCACGUACCUCAUCAAGGGGCCCCUCACGCUGCCGGCCUCCGGCGGCGGCAACUUCAGGAUCCACAGCGGCUCGCUGCGCGCGUCCGACGACUUCCCGACGGACCGGUACCUGAUCGAGCUGUCGGCGGGGAAAGGCAGCGGCCGGACCUACGACUACGAGUACGCCACGCUGCGGGACCUGAUGCUGGACUGCAGCUACCGCGGCGGCGGCGUCGCGGUCGUGAACUCGCUCCGCGUCGGCAUCGACAACUGCUACGUCGUCCACUUCGGCACCGACGGCAUCGCGGUGAGCGGCGGCCACGAGACGCUCAUCCGGAGCAGCUUCCUGGGCCAGCACAUGACGGCCGGGAACGACCCCGGGGAGCGGGGGUUCACCGGCACGGGCAUCCGCCUCGACGGCAACGACAACUCCAUCACCGACGUCGUCAUCUUCUCCGCCGCCACGGGGAUCAUGGUCACCAGGCCGGCCAACUCCAUCUCCGGCGUGCACUGCUACAACAAGGCCACCGGGUUCGGGGGCACGGGCAUCUACCUCAAGAUCCCGGGCCUCACGCAGACGUGGAUCACCAACAGCUACAUGGACUACACCAACAUCGUGGCCGAGGACCCCGUGCUGCUCCACGUCUCGGGCUCCUUCUUCCUCGGCGACGCCAACGUCGUGCUCAAGGCCGUCAACGGCGUGGCCAGGGGCGUCCAGGUCGUCGGCAACAUCUUCAGCGGCCUGGACAAGGGCGUCGACAUCGUGCGCCUGGACGGCAAGUUCGCCACCGUCGAGCAGGUGUACGUGCAGCAGAACUCGGCCACGGGGAUGACGGUCAAGUCCACGGCGGCGCGCGGGUCGGCGGAGGGGAACGGGAGCUCCUGGACGGUGGACUUCGCGGACGUGCUGCUGUUCCCGGACCGCAUCGGGCACGUGCAGUACUCGCUGGUCGCCGGCGACGGGUUCCCGGGCCACACGCUUCGGAACGUGUCCGGCAACCAGGUCGUCGUCGCCACGGACAAGGCCGUGUCGGCCACCGUCCACGUGCUGGUCGACCAGAACACCAACUGAGGUGGUGUGUGCGUGCGUGCUGCUGCCUGCUCGUGCGACUGCUGCGAGCAAGGCGUGAUUCGUUCGUUUCCUUCUUCUCCUCUCAAUAUUCAGUCAUUCAUAUUAUGCCGUCAGGGAGAUGGCAAACCGUUUGGUCGAGAAAAUGCUCCAGAAUGGAUCAUUUUUUGCGCA